GACGAAGAAGAAGAAGAAGACGAGGCGGACCAGCAGAGAGAAAUAGCGGAGCAUUCAUUUGCAGCAGCACGGAGUUAUUAGCAUCUUGGGGCGGUAGCUAGCAUCCGAUAAGUGGAUGCCAUUGUCUAAAUAUCAGAUAACCAUUAGUGUUAAUUUUCAUGUUUUGGGGAUAAAAUACGGGCACGAGUUGUACACAAGCUACUUGUCAGCCGGAACGACCGUGCUCGCUCUCUUGCUAACAUUAGCCAGCUAGCGUUAGCCAAGUAGCCGCCGUCGUGGGCACAUUUAUCGCCAUUUUGCGCAUUCAACAUUGCAAGGCUUUGACCAGGAGCAAGGCGGGGAUUUUUCCAGCAUGGCAGAGGCAGACCGACCAGGAAAGCUCUUCAUCGGUGGGCUGAACACCGAGACCAACGAGAAGGCUCUGGAGCAGUACUUCAGCAAAUAUGGCAGAAUUGUCCAAGUUCUUUUGAUGAAAGACCGGGAAACAAACAAAUCAAGAGGCUUCGCUUUUAUUACUUUUGAAAGCCCAGCUGAUGCAAAGGACGCAGCGCGGGAGAUGAAUGGAAAGUCUCUUGAUGGUAAACCUAUCAAAGUGGAGCAAGCAACAAAACCUCAGUUUGAGAGUGCAGGCAGGCGAGGACCGCCACCACCCCUACACUCCCGCAGUCGGGGUCCACCCAGAGGACCCAGGGGAUCCAGGGGCGGCCCCGGUGGUAUGAGGGGCCCACCAUCCAGAGACUACUAUGAUAACGUAGGGAAUGUAGAACCCUUCUUUAAAGGGAUGUCAUCCAGAGGACCCCCUCCAAUGAAGAGAGGACCCCCAGUCCGUAAUGGUGGUCCCCCACCCAAGAGGUCGGCCCCAUCUGGUCCCAUGAGCAGACCCCCCAUGUCGAGGGACAGAGAUCCCUACGGUCCACCCCCUCCUCGCAGAGACUCCAUGAUGUCCAGGAGGGACGAUUAUCCAUCACCAAGAGAUGACCAUUACAGCUCAAAAGACGGCUAUUCCAGUCGGGACUACAAUUCCAGGGAUUCGAGGGACUACGCUCCCCCUCCCAGGGAUUAUUCCUACCGAGAUUACUCCAGUUCCAGUUCCAGAGAUGAUUAUGGCUCAAUGUCAAGGGGAUACAAUGACCGUGAUAGCUACGGGGGAGGCCGGGAACCCAGAAGCUAUAUGGACCGUCCAAGCGGGGGCUCGUAUCGAGACUACGAUGGUUACGGUAACUCUCGCAGCGCCCCGCCUUCAAGGGGCCCCCCACCAUCCUAUGGUGGGAGCAGUGGAAGCAGUCGUUAUGACGACUAUGGCAGCAGUUCCCGGGAUGGCUAUGGCAGUCGUGACAGUUACCCCAGCAGUCGGAGUGACCCAUAUCCGCCUAGUCGUGGUGAGCGAAUGGGCAGGCAGGAGAGGGGGCCAGCUCCCCCUGUCGAGAGAGGCUACCCUCCUCGUGAUUCGUACAGCAGCUCAAGUCGUGGAGCGCCCCGCGGCGGCCGUGGUGGCAGUCGAGUCGAUAGAGGAAUGGCUCGCAGCAGAUACUGAAAUGGACAUGGAAAUCACAUCAAAGCAAACGUUAUGCCUGCGUGCUCAGUUAACAUGUGUUGUGGGAAGAAAUUUGAAAACAUGACAAACUACCCAUGUCUAAAUCUGUGGAAUAUGAAGCUGUUUAUCUUGACUUUCCCAGUUUAGUUUUAUUUUAAGUGUAAACUUUUUUCUUUUUUUCUUUUUUUUAUUAGCAUUUUCCUGCUCAUGUAAUGGUACAGUUACCAAGUGAGUGUUUUUGUACAUUUAGUGUUGUUGAAAUCUGCAAUGCCCUUGGCUCUGGCUUUCCUACACUAAUAAAGCUUUUAGUCAGAUCUUGA